CUGUGUCAGAACCGAUUCUUCAAACCCUACACCUGAAUCAAAGGAACCGACUCUUUUAAGAAUCGAAUCCCAGGCACAAUGUCACGGCAGGUGUCGUUGCUGCCGGUGCAACAAGUCGCGCGAGAGCUUUGAGGAGGAGUUUCCGAAAACGGGCUCGGUGAUUGGGGCUCGCGCAUCACCCGGUUGGAGAAAAGCGCACCUGCCGUGCAGCCGCAGCCAUGAACCGACUCCUGAGAGCACAGAACUUAAAAUCGCCCAAAAAUGUCUUUGAUAUUCUGGAGGAGAGAAGGCGAGGCAGUGAUAUAAGCCACGCCCUCAGGACUUUUAGUGCUCAGCCGUAUCGCGGGGCCAUGUCUUUGUCUGUGAGUGCCCUCAACAGGAUGGUGCAGGAGUCACAGUAUCUACGCUACGUUAUCUCUGAGAUAGCUGUGGAGUCAGGUGAGCCGCCUGAGUGUGUGGAGGAGGAGGCCGUGAGAAUCUUAGAGGAGAUGAGUCAGAACCUACAGCUGAACUUCAUCCGCCUCAUGGGUUUCACUCUCACUAAAGUCUUCAAGAGGCUCUUCAGCUCCAUAUGGGUGAACGAGGACGGACUCACACGGCUCCAACAAGCCAUUCAGGAGCAUCCGGUCAUUCUGAUGCCCAAUCACAGGAGCUACAUUGACUUUCUGAUAAUUUCCUACAUCAUGUUCACCUACGAUCUGUCCAUCCCCGUCAUUGCUGCUGGAAUUCCGCUGAUGGGAAUGUCUCUGAUUGGUGAGAUCUUGCGCCGAUCCGGAGCGUUCUUUAUUCGCCGUGCGAUUGGUUCGGAUAAGCUCUACUGGGCCGUGCUGUCCGAGUAUGUCAGGACUAUCGUGCGGACAGGUUUUGCUCCUUUAGAGUUUUUCGUGGAAGGAUUGCGCAGCAGAACGCUCAAGUCUCUGAAGCCCAAACUGGGGAUGAUGCAGAUGGUCUUGGAGCCAUUUUUUAAAGGCGAGGUGUACGACAUUACCCUGGUUCCGAUCAGCAUCAGCUAUGAUCGCGUCCUGGAAGAAUCUCUGCUUGCUCACGAGUUGCUUGGUGUUCCCAAACCCCGAGAAACCACCAGGGGUUUGCUUAAGGCUCGCCAGGUUCUGGAGGAAAACUACGGCUGCAUGCAUGUGUACUUCGGGAACCCGGUGUCUGUGAGAGAGCUGGCUAAGGGGAGAAUCCACCGCAAUCGGUACAACCUGAUACCCAGGGAUCUGCCGAUGAAGCCCAGUGCGGAGCUGCAGGAGUUUGUGGGUGAUGUUGCUCACUUGUUGGUACAGUUGCAGGAGCAAGGUUUGGUUCUCAGCCCGUGGAGUCUCAUGGCUCUGAUCCUCCUCCAGAACCCUGAUGGUGUGGACUGGAACACAUUUAUGCAAAAAACCCUGCGCCUGAGGACACUUGCUGCUCAACUUGGAGCCAGGAUCGAUUGGCCUGCACACCUUUACGAUGCGGAGGUGAUGUCAUCCAACAUGGCCCUGCAUCACUCCGUAGUACAUGUUGAGAACGGGCGUGUCCGACUUGUCGAGGAGGUGGGGCCAGGACCAGUCACUCAAGAGGAGGCCGUGUUCAGGCGAGCGUCUGCGGUGCUCAUGUGCGCCUCCUACAGGAACCAAGCACUGCACGUACUGAUCCGACCUGCGCUGGUGGCUGUUGCUAUGACGAUGGCUCUAAGCUACAGCAAAGAGGACGUCUUUAGCCGCUUCUGUUUCCUACAAGAUCUUUUGGGAAACGAGUUCGUCUUCAUGCCUGGCUGUGCAGCACAGGAUUUUGAAGAGGGCUGCUCUGGCCUGCUGCGAUGUGGAGCUCUGAGCAUCUGUGACCACAGACUCCAAGUGAUGGGAGAAGAGCAGGACACCAUCGUCUUCCUUAGCACCGUUCUUGAACCGUUUAUUGAAACAUACCAGGUGGUGUUUCGAGUUUUGUGUGAGGAAACAUUUCAGACAUUUCCUGAAAAGAGGUUCGUGCCUGACAUCCGCGCUGCCAUCAUGAAACUCGUCCUCUCAGGUGAGGUGCGCUCGUACGAGUGUUUGUCCUCCGACACACAGAAGAACGCUGUCUCGGCUCUGGUCAGGAUGGGAGCUGCGUCUAAAUCCAGGGUAGCUGAACAGGUUGAGUACAGGGUGAACCAAAGUGCAGUGAGGAGAAUAUGGGGCAUGCUGGACGGCAGUGUCCCAUCCAAGAUGUCGUCGUACUCGAGGCUGUGACACGACCCUCCGUUUCUGCUCUUUUUAUAUAAUGAACGAUGACUUAAAGUAGGACUUUCAACAGCCCGAGCGACACCAAUUACAAAAUAAUACAAACAAACCCAGGACAAAGAACAUUCCUAGGAUUCCCUGCUUCACAAGUUGAUGUCACUGAAAGUACAAAUGCUCAGAGGUGUAAAGACCUUAGCACUAAUGACCUUCCACUGCCAGGUACGGUAGGUGUGGAACACUUCAGUGCACCACUGUAUUAAAGUUCCAGCAUCUACAGUUGUGAUUAUUUAGUAAUGUUCAUUAUCGGCUACUUCCUGUCACUGAUGGGUUUUCAGUGACUGUAGAUACAUUAAUACACCUGUCUGUCCAUGCUGAUGUGUAAUUGUAGAUACUUUUGAUUUGUAGAUAGUAAUUUAUAGUAACAGACUGUAAUAAUAAUGUACAAU